GCUUGAAUUAAAAUUACAUUUUGCGAAGUAUUUUUUCAAGAUAUAUUUUUAAUGUUUGUAUAAUAUUUCUUCUAUUUUAAAAAAUGUUGAAAUAAAAGAUCGAGAAAUUAUUAUUCUUUUUCACUUUCCAUUAGAAAAAAUUGGAAGAUAAAAAAAGUUAGAGAAAUAAUAAUGCAAAAAGUAAAAAUGUUAAACGUAGGAGUUAAUUCAAGUCACAUUAUGUGUCGAUUUCGAAAUGCCGUGAGAUCAAAUAAUAUUGUUCGUAUUAAUGAAAUACUUUCUGAAAAAUAUAUUCAACAAAAUAUUGACAAUUAUAGUAAUAUGUUUCUUUGUUUUGUUGCCGAAUAUGGAACAGUUGAAAUUGCAAAUAAAUUACUAAAAUUAGGUGCAAAAAUUCACAAUGAAAAUGGAAAAUCACCAAUUUUUUAUGCAAUUAAAAAUUCCGUUGAAAUGGUAAAACUACUUCUUGAUGAAAAAACAAUAAUUGAUUUAAAUUUUAUUCGUCACACUCUAUAUUUUGGUAAUGAAGAAAUUUUACGACUAUUAUUACAAAAUACAAUUGAAAUAAAAAAUAAUGAAAAUUUAGUCAUUCAAUUGGAGAAUGUGGAAAAUUUGAUAGAAUUUCUUUUAAAUAAUAAAAAUUUAUCAUUACUGGAGACAAAAUAUAAUUAUCCAUUGUUAAUAUUUUUUGCUGCAAAAAUUGAUAAAUUGAAUAUAUUAAAAUUAAUAUUAAACAAUUGUCGUGAAUAUUUGGGAAAAAAUAAAAAAGGAACAAAAAAAUGUUAUCGUAAUUUAGAAAUAAUUGAUGUACAAAAUAAUGUUGGUGAAACGGCACUUCAUUAUGCAGUGAGUCAACAAAAUUUUAAUGCCAUUCGUUUUCUAUUGGAGGAAGGUGCAAAUCCAAAUUGCAAAAAUAUUUCUCAAUUAACGCCACUUCAUUAUUCUGUAAUUCUUGAAAAUUAUGAAAUUUCUCAAUUACUUCUUAAUUUUGAAACAAAUGCCAAUUCAAAUAAUCGUAAUAAUCCUUUACAUUUGAUUUGUGGAUUUAAAUUAGAAUACAUUUUUCAUGGUUUCGAUGAUUUGUCAAUUCAAAUAUUUCAUUAUUAUAAGGGAAAAAUUAUUUACAAUCAAGAAAUAAUGAAAUUAUUACUUAAGCGUGGCGCUAAUCCUAAUAGUGAUGGAUAUAAUGGAAAAAAACUUUUUAUUCAUCUUUGUCAAGCUAAACGUUUUAAAGAAAUGUCAAUUCUUUUAGAAUUUGGUGCCAAUAUUUGUGUUACCGAUAAUGAUGGAAAUACGGCACUUCAUUAUAUUGUUGUCAAUGGUAAUUUUAUUUCAAUUGUUGAUUUUUUAUUGAAAAAUGGUCUUGAGAUUGAUGUUAAAAAUAACAAUGAAAAUACACCGCUAAUGUAUUUGAUACAAAAGGAAAUUCGACCAAAUUUAAAAAUGAUUGAACAUCUCAUUUAUCGUGGCGCAAGUCUCAAUGUUAGAAAUAAAAUUGGCAAUACUGCUUUUGAUAUUGCUGUUUAUUAUGAACGAUCUGAUGUUGUAUUAACAUUAUUAGAAUUAGGAGAAGGUAAAAUAUUAAAACACAAAUCAAGUUCUGAAUAUCCACAUAUAACGGGAAAUGUAUGUUAUGGUUCAUUAAUGCCAAAUUCAAAAAGUCAAGAAAUUCUAAUUUCUCAUAUUGCAUUGAGAAGAGAUAAUAUUGAUGAUUAUUUUGCCUGUUGUUUAAAUCCAAUUGAUAAAUGGCAUCUCAGUUUGUAUUGGUCUCAUUAUUCAGAAAAAACUAAAGGCAUUGGAGUUUUGAUAUUUAAUAAAACAAAAUUUGAAUUUGAAAAAUUAAAAUCGUGUAAAAUUUUAAAUGAAAUUGGAAUUUUUUAUACGUAUUAUGAUUUUUUGGCAAGAGAUUUUCUAACGGCAAUAAGAAUUAUUAAAAAUCCUCUAAUGAGACAAAAAUUAUUGAAUUUUAAAAAAUUACCAAAUUUUUAUCAUUCUAAACAAUUGCUUGAACAUCGUUUUAAUUUGGUUAUUGGAUUGGAGGAUUAUUAUGAUAAAAUUGUUUAUUUCUUUUUAAAUUAUGGUAAAUUAAGAUUACCAAUUCUUGUUGUUGAAUUAAUUCUCAGUUAUUUUUCUUGUCGUGAUUAUCAACUUUUUGGAAAAAUGUUGUCCGAAUUGAAAAAUUAAGUAUUUAACUUUAAAAAUUUUUAACAAAGAGAUUUAUAAUUUUAAAAAAUUGUUAUCGAAAGAACAUUGGAAUUCGUCUUUCUUUUUAUGUUAAUAACUUUGAUGCAAAAAACAAUUUUUGAAUUUAGAAAAAAUUGUUUAAUUAUUUUGAAAAUGUAUUCUCACUAUGCGUAAAAAUUAAUAUGUUAAUUUACUGUAUUGUGGAAAAUAAAAA